GAUCAAUACCCGUCUAUAGCCAUCCUUGCUAUCCGGCAACGACGCGAGCCUUGAGGACCCCGACGUCGCCCCCGUCGCAGGUCGACAUUGUCAUACCGUGUGGUGCCUAGUACGGGGAUAGCAGGAGGAGCUGGUCGGCAAAAUGGACACCCUCACGCUGCUGAAGAAGCAGUUCACGCCAACGAAGCUAUUGUUCCAUUUCCUGUUCUGGACUUUCCACUGGGGCAUCUUCGCCUAUGGAUGGUGGAAGCAAGCGGCCGAUAUACGCCUGGCGGGCCUCAACACGCUCCAGUACUCGGUGUGGAUCUCACGAGGCGCAGGGUUGGUGCUGAGCGUGGACGGGAUGCUCAUCUUGCUGCCGGUUUGCAGAACCAUCAUGCGCUUCGUCCGGCCCAAGAUCAGGUUCGUGCCGCUCGACGAGAACCUGUGGAUGCACCGGCAGUUAGCCUAUGCGAUGCUGCUGUUCACCUGCCUCCACACCGGCGCGCAUUAUGUCAACUUCUACAACGUCGAAAAGACCCAGAUCCGCCCAGUAACGGCGGUGCAAAUCCACUAUGCCCAGCCCGGCGGCAUUACGGGCCAUGUGAUGCUCCUCUGCAUGCUCCUGAUGUACACCACGGCCCACUACCGUAUCCGGCAGCAAUCGUUCGAGACGUUCUGGUACACCCACCAUCUCUUCAUCCCCUUCUUCCUUGCGCUGUACACCCACACGGUCGGCUGCUUCGUCCGCGACACGCCCAAUGCCUUCUCGCCAUUUGCCGGGGAUCAGUAUUGGGAGCAUUGCAUUGGCUACCUGGGAUGGAGAUGGGAGCUCUGGACGGGCGGCUUCUACCUUCUCGAGCGCUUAUAUCGCGAGAUCCGUGCCAUGCGCGAGACCAAGAUCACCCGUGUCAUUAGGCACCCCUAUGAUGUGGUCGAGAUCCAGUUCAGCAAGCCGUCGUUCAAGUACAAGGCCGGGCAGUGGCUGUUCUUGCAGGUGCCUUCGGUUUCCAAGUAUCAGUGGCAUCCGUUCACAAUCACCUCGUGCCCGUUCGACCCGUAUGUCUCGGUCCACAUUCGGCAGGUCGGCGAUUUCACCAGGGCGCUGGGGGACAGAGUGGGCGCCGGUUCCGCGCAGAGCAAGCUGUACGAGGGGGUCGACCCCAUGGGAAUGUAUGAGGUGGCACUCCAGAACGGCCAGAAAAUGCCGGCCCUCCGCAUCGACGGACCGUAUGGUGCGCCUGCUGAGGACGUGUUCGAGAACGAGAUCGCGGUGCUGAUCGGGACGGGUAUUGGCGUCACGCCCUGGGCUUCCAUUCUCAAGAACAUCUGGCACUUGCGGAACGGCCCGAACCCGCCGACUCGUCUGCGCCGUGUCGAGUUCAUUUGGGUAUGCAAAGACACCAGUUCGUUCGAAUGGUUCCAGACCCUGCUCUCUUCUCUCGAGCAGCAGUCCAGUGAAGCAGCCCGCAUCCCCGGCUCGGGAGGCGUGGAGUUCCUCAAGAUCCACACAUACCUGACGCAGAAGCUCGACAUGGAUAUGACACAGAACAUUGUGCUGAACAGUGUUGGCGCUGAUCUGGAUCCGCUUACCGAGCUGAAGUCCCGCACCAACUUCGGCCGACCAAACUUCAAGCAGCUCUUCACCAGCAUGCGCGACGGCAUUCUUGACCGGACCUAUCUCAACGGUCUGGAGGGCAACAUGAGGACCACGGUCGGUGUCUACUUCUGCGGUCCCUCAGCAGCCGCCCGUGAUAUCAAGAGAGCUGCCAAGGCCGCCACCGUCCGUGAGGUUCGCUUCCGCUUCUGGAAGGAACACUUCUAGUUGUACAGUCCGGUCCUCAAAAUUACUACCGGGUAUCUACCCUGUG